GAUGUUCCGACCCGCCAGCUCCCAAAGCGGCUGUGCCCCGCGCCCUCGCCCCGCGCCCACUGGCCGCUCAGGCGGAGUCAGCGUGCGCUCCGCCCGCCGCGUUCCGGGCUCGGAGCUCCGCACCCUGGGCUCGCUGCCUCCCGGGCCGGCUCCGCGCCCCGCACCCGGCGCCCCAGCGGGCGCAGCGCACCAUGCCGCAGCUGGACUCGGGCGGGGGCGGCACGGGAGCAGGAGACGACCUCGGCGCGCCGGACGAGCUCUUGGCCUUCCAAGACGAAGGCGAGGAACAGGACGAUAAGAAUCGCGACAGCGCCGCGGGCCCCGAGCGGGACCUGGCGGAGCUCAAGUCCUCACUGGUGAAUGAGUCUGAAGGCGCGGCCGCAGGCGCCGGGGUCCCGAGUCCCGGCGUCCGAGUCCAUGGAGAAGCCGAAGGAGCGCCCGAGGCCCUGGGACGAGAGCACACUUCGCAGAGACUUUUCUCGGACAAACUUCCAGAGUCCCUAGAGGACGGCCUGAAGGCCCCGGAGUGUGCCAGUGGCAUGUACAAAGAGACUGUCUACUCUGCCUUCAAUCUGCUCAUGCACUACCCACCGGCCUCGGGAACGGGGCAGCAUCCGCAGCCUCAGCCCCCGCUGCAUAACAAGCCCGGCCAGCCCCCACAUGGCGUCCCCCAACUUUCUCCACUCUACGAACAUUUCAGCAGUCCACACCCUACCCCUGCACCAGCGGACAUCAGCCAGAAGCAAGGAGUUCACAGACCGCUGCAGACCCCUGAUCUCUCUGGAUUUUAUUCUCUGACCUCAGGCAGCAUGGGACAGCUCCCCCAUACUGUGAGCUGGUUCACCCACCCGUCCUUGAUGCUGGGAUCUGGUGUACCUGGACACCCAGCAGCCAUCCCUCACCCGGCCAUUGUGCCCUCCUCAGGGAAGCAGGAGCUGCAGCCAUAUGACAGAAACCUGAAAACACAGGCAGAACCCAAGGCAGAGAAGGAGGCGAAGAAGCCAAUCAUCAAAAAGCCCCUCAAUGCUUUCAUGCUUUACAUGAAGGAGAUGAGAGCCAAGGUCAUUGCAGAGUGCACACUCAAGGAGAGCGCUGCCAUCAACCAGAUCCUGGGUCGCAGGUGGCAUGCAUUAUCUCGAGAAGAGCAAGCCAAGUACUAUGAGCUGGCCCGCAAGGAAAGGCAGCUGCACAUGCAGUUAUACCCAGGCUGGUCAGCACGGGAUAACUACGGAAAGAAGAAGAGGCGGUCAAGGGAAAAGCAUCAAGAAUCCACCACAGGAGGAAAAAGAAAUGCAUUCGGUACUUACCCGGAGAAGGCCGCUGCCCCAGCCCCGUUCCUUCCGAUGACAGUGCUCUAGGCUGUCCCCGGUCCCCAGCUCCCCAGGACUCACCCUCGUACCUUCUGCUGCCCACCUUCCCCACAGAACUGCUUGCCUGCCCAGUGGAACCAGCACCAACAUUCUCAGGUCGCUCUGCAGCUCUCACUCUUCCAGCCCCUAAGUCUCCAAAGACCCCCCACAGCACCCUCCAGAAUGCACAAAUACAGCAACAAGAAUCUCAGAGACAGGCAGCCUAACAGCUUUGCGUGCUAGGCACAGAGCACCUGGCUUCCCACCCCUAACUCAGAAGGAGGCAACAAGACCAGCUCACGUGGAACCAGAUAGGGGCCCUCUUAAGGUGGUGAAGAUUUCAAAGGCUAUACAACUCCCUGAACCAGGGGCCAUCAAUUCAAGAGGUGGGGGAUCAGAUCUAUGUAGCUGUAUCAUCUAAAGGGGAUCCUGCUGCCUGUGACAGCCAUAUUUCUUAUUGCUGGCUGGACAUCCCUAUUGUCCCUAGUAGGUUUUGUUUUGGCUGUAGGUCAGAUGGGCAGACUGACCUCGUCAGCUGCCUACUCUACAAGUGCCUCUCUGCCUUCUGCCAUACCUUCUCCAUGCCAGUACUUCUUGGACCAAGAAUACCUGGUCUGUCACACAAAAUAACUCUGUGGUUGACCAGCCACACAAACAAUGCUUCUCUCUUAAGGAAACUGAGAAGCUCUGUUUACAAAAAACAGCUGCUGUUCCCAAGCUGGGCCAGAGGAAGUGUCUUACUGUGUUCUCAGGAGUUUGCAAGAGGAGGGAAUAGGAUACUUUAGGCCUUUCAACCUUGGCAACAACACUGACCUACCUACUGGUGGGCAGUAGUCAGCUUUCAUUUCAGUCUUUCCUGACAAGCUCACUAGCAUUAGAAACUACAGGCAAUAAGUUAAAGUUGGCCUAAAUUCAGUGUGCACCCUUCUCUACCAGCCUCUUCCCAGUUCCUUUCCAGCUCAGCUGAGUCAGCUCCUGGGCAGCUGUGAGAGGGCAAAUCCCAACAGCCAGAACUCAUCCUUCAGCAUUUAGAACCCGCCAGCUUCAGUUUCUCUGUGGGGCUGAAGGUAGAGAUCUGUUCCAAUUAAAGCAAGGAGCCCAUAAAACCUCUUUGUGGUGGACAUGGUUCCUUGCCACAUUCUAGAAACUCUUUGAGCCAAACUUAACCUUGAGCCUUGAAAAACAAGUUUUGUUUUAACUUAACUUUUUUUUUUUUUUUUGCAUUUUCACUGUAUAUAGCCUGAAUCCAAAGAAAAGGGGUUAUCCAAGUAUUCCACAAAAAAAAAAAAAAAACAAAAAAACAAAGCCCUUUAGUUCCUACUUUAGUCGCUCACUUCUCAAUCCAAAGAUCAUGUUUCUAGUGUAGUGUUAGAAGUCUUGAAGAAGUCUGACCAAGUGUGACAGUGUACCUAUAACCCCAGCACUUGGAAGACAGAGGCAGGCAGACCUCUGAAUUCCAGGGCAACCAGGGCUACAUAGACCUUUUCUCAAAAAGAAAAACUGUUGUAUUCAAAUAUUUUUGUAUUGUUAAUGCAUUACCAUAGAAAAGCUUUUUUAAACAGGAGAAUAAAGAUUCUUUUUACUUGGUUUUUCAAA